AUGUCAUCCCGCAAAGUCCGAGUCAAGAAGUUGACGGUCAAAACCCUUCUGCCCGUGCUCAGAGAGGAUCAGAUCGAUGCUUCCGAGUAUGAAUCACUGCUUACCGAGUCGCAAAUCGCGACCGGCGUCGACCAGACCGAGGAAAACGAAUACCACCUUCAAUCGAUUUUGAAAGAGGCCGGCACAAGCAAUGACCAAGAAAUCCCUGUGCCUCCACCGCGAGAGAGCGACAUCAGCUAUGAUAGCCUCUAUCCCGCAGUCUUCCACAAGCCUUCCUCCUAUAUCCGAUUCUCUCAGACGGUGGAAGAGUGUAUCAGCUGUCAUUAUGACAUGACAACGGAGGACAAUGAGUUUCUCAAGUCAUAUAAUAGUAAUCCUCCCGCGGCCGGGACGCUUAGCGAGGAUGACUUCGAACGCAUCAUGGAGGUGUUUGAGGACACCGCGGCAGAGCAGACCCCCUUCGCAUCAGUCGACAACACUAUUGUCGCCUAUGAUAUGAUGGUGCCGGGUCUCAAUCAGCUUGGCUCUACAUCCAUAUUGCAGCACGCCAAGCAGAUAUAUGAGUACUGGAAGGCCAGGCGGCAGGAGGCCGGCAACAAACCGCUGCACCCGACCAUCAAGUUCGAGACGCACCAGGAGACUGACGACACCGACCCCUAUGUCUGCUUCAGACGGCGGGAGGUGAGGCAGACGAGGAAGACGAGGUCGCGGGAUACCAAGAUCGCCGAGACGCUCAAGCGUUUCCGUCGCGAGCUCGAGGAUGGCCGCCAGCUCAUCUUGAUGGCAUACGAGCGAGAGAUGAUGAAGCGGGAUCUGUUGCAGAUGGAUCGGGCCAUCUUCGAGGAAAGGGCCAGGCUAAAGCAGAUCAAGACCAAACUGGGCAUCAAGGGCGACGACGAAGACCUCGUCAACCAAAAGUCCCAAAAGCGCAAGCCUGCAGAAGCCCCCGGGGCCCCGCGGCCACCAACACAGGUGCGCGCGCCUGUGCGGCCCGAUGGGCGCUCACACGAGCAAGACCUUGUCCUGCUUUCCGACCAGCUCGCGGAGAAAGAAAACGAGCUUCGUAAUGAGAUUGAGACCAAGGUGCAGAACCACCGGCGAUGGAACCAGAAUCAUAUCGAUCUCACUCGAGACCCGCUGUCGCCGGUGAAACCCCUAGGGAUGGAGCUCAAGUUUAGACCUGCCAAGACGCAGUAUCUGAUGACGCCGCCGGCGUCAACGUCUUCAGACUCGAUGGAUGCCGAUAACGCACCUGAGCCCAUGGAUCUGGACAAGCCAGAGCUGCCCGUAGUCCAAUUCCGUGGUGCGGACAUGGACGACUCAUCGCAGACCACCCAACCGGCGUUUCGUCGUCGCAUCGGCCGACUCCAGCGGCUGUGGAUCGAUAGGAGGGGCCUCUCGACGCCUAGACGGACAGAUUCGUACGAGUACUCGGACCGGUGGAAGUAUGACUCUGACGAUGAAGAUGAUGAGCCACCGGUGUAUGAGGUUGAUCCCUUUGACACGAGAGCCCUCAAGUUCCGAGCCACGAUUCCCCUUAGCCCAUACAUAUUCCGAGCGAGGCCGACAGUCCCUCCAGAAGCAGUCAACGGCGCAGCAAACGGGAAUAGAGUCCUACCGCCGCCGCCGCAACCGCAACCGCAACUGCAGCAACAACCGCAGCCGCCGCAACCUCCUGCAGCUCAACAAGCGCAAGCGGCAUCAUAA